GUUUAAAUACCAAGUGAAUCAGGAUGUCAAUUGUCACAGUGCAGCUCGGGCAGUGUGGGAACCAGAUUGGGCACGAGCUGUUCAGUGCUCUCUGCAGAGACAGCCGUGGCACCCACGGGCUGUGCUCCAACAAUGAGAACCAAUCCUACCAGGAUUCCUGCAAGGAACGGUUCUUCUGUGAGGAGGAAUCUGCAGUGCCUGCUGCCCGGGCUGUGCUGGUGGACAUGGAGCCCAAGGUGAUCAGCCAGGCCUUGUCCAUGGCUGCCAGCUCUGGCCACUGGAGGUACAGCAGCCACUCCCACUUCUGCCAGAAGCAAGGAUCUGGGAACAACUGGGCCAACGGCUACUGUGUUCACGGGCCCAGACACAAAGAAGCAAUCAUGGAGCUGGUGCAGAGGGAAGCAGAGAGAUGUGACAGACUGGGGGGAUUUCUCACCAUCAUGAGCAUGGCUGGGGGCACAGGGUCAGGCCUGGGGGCCUUUGUGACCCAGUGUUUGAGAGAUGCUUUUCCAACCUCCUUCAUCCUGAACCAUGUCAUCUGGCCCUAUGGCACUGGGGAGGUCAUUGUUCAAAACUACAACUCUGUUUUGACUCUGUCACAUCUGUACCACUCCUCAGAUGCCCUCCUUGUCCAUGAGAAUGAUGUCAUCCACAAGAUCUGUGCCCAGCUGCUGAACAUCAAACAGAUUUCCUUCAGGGAUGUCAACCAAGUCAUUGCUCACCAGCUGGGCAGCGUUUUCCAGCCCGCUCACCUGCCCUGUGCAGUAUCUUUGUCAGACAUGAGCAGCUGUGGCUUUCUCCUUUCAGGAGAUUUGCUGGAGUCGUUGGUGCCACACCCCGAGUUCAGGAUGCUGGGCCUGAGGAACAUCCCCCAGAUGGCUGAGAGCUCCCUGCCCUACAGCACCUUCAGCUGGCCUGGCCUCCUCAGGCAGAUGCUCAUUGCCAAUGCUCAGAUGGAGGAAGGCAUUGACUGGCAAGUACGACCACCACAGGCAGGCUCCUGCAUCCCCUGCACAAACAAAGCCCUGCACUUCAACACCUCCAUUGCCAACCUGCUCAUCCUGAGGGGAAAAGAUGUGCACAGCGUGGAGCUGGGAAGUUUCCAAGAUCCCUCCUUAUACACAUCAUGGCUAAACCCCCAGGAUGCUUUCACUGCAUGGAAAACUCCCAGAGCAUUUAACAAGUAUGAAAAAUCUGCUGCUUUGGUCAGCAACAGCCAGUUCCUGCUCAAACCUCUUGACAGCAUCGUGGGAAAAGCUUGGAAUAUGUUUGCUUCCAAAGCUUACCUUCACCAGUACACAAAGUUUGGAAUCCAAGAGGAGGAUUUCCUGGACUGCUUCACAACCCUGGAACAGGUUAUCUCCAGUUACACCAAUCUGUGAUGUAUUUCUUUGUUAAGAUCAUCUGAAAUAGAGAUUUUCUGAAAGAACCAAGCUGGAAAACCUUCCAUCAACUCCCUGAAGUAUGUAAAUUAUUGACUGGGGUUAUUUUUCAGUCUCUGUGUGUGUGUGAAUAGCAAGAACUGAAUCUGAACUGAAUAUAUUCAUAUAUUCAUUUUAUUUUUAUUUAAUAUAUCUAAUAAAUACCUAUUUUUCAAUA